AGGGCGAAAAUGAAAGCAGGUUGUAGCAUCGUGGAAAAGCCAGAAGGAGGUGGAGGGUAUCAGUUUCCUGAUUGGGCCUACAAAACGGAGUCAUCCCCAGGCUCCCGGCAGAUCCAGCUGUGGCACUUCAUCCUGGAGUUGCUGCAGAAGGAAGAGUUCCGCCAUGUCAUCGCCUGGCAGCAGGGAGAGUAUGGGGAGUUUGUCAUCAAGGAUCCAGAUGAGGUGGCCCGCCUCUGGGGCCGCAGGAAAUGCAAACCACAGAUGAAUUAUGACAAGCUGAGCCGGGCCCUAAGAUACUAUUACAACAAGAGGAUCCUUCAUAAAACAAAAGGGAAAAGGUUUACUUAUAAAUUUAAUUUCAACAAACUGGUGAUGCCCAACUACCCAUUCAUCAAUAUCCGGUCAAGUGGUGUGGUUCCUCAGAGUGCACCACCAGUGCCAACAGCCUCUUCCCGGUUCCACUUUCCACCUCUGGACACCCAUUCUCCAACCAGUGAUGUGCAGCCAGGGCGAUUCUCUGCCAGCUCCCUAACUACUACUGGCCAGGAGUCGAGUAAUGGUACUGAUAGAAAGGCAGAGCUUUCAGAGCUGGAGGAUGGCUCAGCCCCUGACUGGCGCCGGGGCAUGGACCUCAUAUCCUCCAGGAAUGCUGUUGGUGGGGGCGGGAUUGGCCAUCAGAAACGCAAGCCUGAUAUAAUGCUUCCUCUGUUCACCAGGCCAGGGAUGUAUCCUGACCCCCACAGUCCCUUUGCUGUCUCUCCGAUCCCUGGCCGCGGAGGUGUCCUUAAUGUCCCCAUUUCACCAGCCCUCUCCCUGACUCCCACCAUCUUCUCCUAUAGCCCAUCACCAGGCCUGAGCCCCUUCACCAGCAGCAGUUGCUUCUCCUUCAACCCUGAGGAAAUGAAACACUACCUUCAUUCUCAAGCCUGUUCUGUGUUCAACUACCAUCUGAGUCCUCGGACUUUUCCCCGUUACCCGGGGCUCAUGGUCCCGCCACUGCAGUGCCAAAUGCAUCCUGAGGAGUCAGCUCAGUUCUCUAUCAAGCUGCAGCCCCCACCAGUUGGGCGGAAGAACCGGGAGAGGGUGGAGAGCAGCGAGGAGUCCACACCAGUCGCUGCACCCGCAGUGGCUCCUAUCCCCCCGAGAAUUAAGGUGGAGCCUGCCUCCGAAAAGGAUCCCGAGAGCCUCAGGCAGUUAGCACGAGAGAAGGAGGAGCACUCUCAGGAAGAGGGCACUGUGCCAAGCAGGACCAGAGAAGAGGAAAAAGGCACCAUCUUUGCCCGCCCUGCUGCACCACCCGUCUGGCCCUCCGUACCCAUUAACGCAAGUGAAGAACCCCUGGAGGUGACUGAAGACAGUGAGGACAGGCCUGGCAAAGAGCCCAGUGUGCCUGAGAAGAAGGAGGAUGCCCUGAUGCCCCCCAAGCUUCGGUUGAAGCGGCGCUGGAACGAUGACCCUGAAGCCCGGGAGCUGAGCAAGAGUGGCAAGUUCCUUUGGAACGGGUCAGGACCUCGGGGCUUGGCAGCAGCGGCUGCCGAUGCUUAG